GCGAGCUGUCCAUGGCAUUAGAGAUGCGCGAGCACGUGCCGCGUGCCGGGGCGCUCGCACGCGCACGCACGGCCCCGUCGGCCAAUCGGCGCGCGUCGCCGUGGCAACAGAGAGUGAGGAUGCGGCGCGGAGCCGGUCCACGCCGAGGAUGAUGCGCAGAGGAGCCGAGCAAGCGAAGAGAGUCCAGAGGAGACGCCACAGCGUGGCCGUGGCUCAGGCAGAGGACUCGCGGGGCAAGCCGGGCAGGCGAGACGAAGCGCGACUGCUGAGAGUGACAGCGGUGGUCACCGAUGUGUUUGUUAUGACAAGCGCCUUCCUUGCUUGAAUGCGAAGCCGCUCGUCCUGCCGUCAAUAAUUAUUGCAGCGGUUGUUCCAGUCAUUAUCUCUCUGUGAGCUCGGAGAAUGUCGGUGUUUGUUUCUAUGAUGCGGUGGAUGGGCUCGUGAGUUCCCGUACUUCGCAUCAAGAUCCUUUUGGAUUUAUUUGUUUUUACUCACGGCAGUGAAAGCCUCAAAAGUUUUGUCUUCCGAUUUUGCCGCUAGAAAAUUUGUGAUCCUCUUGAGAGGGUAGCCCUGGGAUAGUUUGAAGCAAGUUCAUCGCAAGAAGAGGUUCAGAAACAAUAUCCCAAGAGGGCAAAAACAAUGCUUGGACUUUUGAGAUCAAGUCAAUCUCCGCCGUGACACAUCUUUACCCAGCUGGCUCCAACCGUCCGAGCCCAUCGCUCAUCCCCGCCCACUACUCCAGAUCGAUCACGGCCACUGCUGAACUCCGUUGUUCUCCGGGCACCGCGACGUUCAGGGCGAGUUGCGAUGGGGAAGCCAGAGGCGGGCGGCGCGCCCGGCCUGGGGUUCCGCGUGCCUCGCUCCCAGAGCAAGAGCAGCCUCUCCGCCUCUCUGGAGGCCCUGGCCAGCUACCUGCCCUGCAUGGGAGGGACCGAGAGCGGCGAGGGAGGCGGGAAGAAGCUGCGGAGCACCGUGCAGAGGAGCACGGAGACCGGCAUGGCGGCCGAGAUGCGCAACCUGCAGAUGGGGCGGCAGGCGUCGCGCGAGUCCACGGACGACAGCAUGAAGAGCUACAUGUCGGAGGGGAACCUCGUGUUCCCGGGCCUGCGGUUUGGGCCCGACAGCCAGUUCAGCGACUUCCUGGACGGGCUGGGCCCUGCUCAGAUGGUCGGGCGGCAGACCCUGGCGACGCCAUCUGUUGGUGACAUCCAGGUUGGGAUGGUGGACAGGACAGGUCACCUGGAGGUUGAGAUCGUCCGAGCGCGAGGACUCAGCGCCAAACGUGGAUCCAAAUCUCCGCCAGCGCCGUACGUGAAGCUCUACCUGCUGGAGAGCGGCACCUGCUUGGCCAAGAAGAAAACAAAGGUGGCUCGACGCAGCCUGGACCCCGUUUACCAGCAGCACUUCAUCUUCGAGGAGAAUCCCCAUGGCAAAGUCUUACAGAUCAUUGUGUGGGGCGACUACGGGCGGAUGGACAACAAGUGCUUCAUGGGAGCGGCCCAAGUCCUCCUGGAGGACCUGGACCUGAGCAGCGCCGUCAUCGGCUGGUACAAACUGUUCCCCACCUUCUCGCUCGUGGACCCGACGCUGGCGCAGGUGGCGCGGAGGCCGUCGCAAUCGUCGCUGGAGAGCGCCGCCGAGGCGCCGUACAUGCGCUCCUUCUAGAGCCAAGCGGCGCUUGCGGCGGCCGGCCAAUGGAACGACGAGCGUCGCGUGCGAGCGCUGUGACGCGCCAGAGGACUACGCGGCAGGCGGCGGAAACCAUCGCAACGGCAGAUUCGUCGACGAAUUUGCAAGAGAUCAGCAGAUGCGGCGGCGAUCCAGCCUCGCGUUUUAGAUCUCAUGAGAUGUACCACUACGGACCAACCACAAGGCCGCUUUGGCUUCAACAAUCAGUUUUGCCAAUGGACGUGGAAGAAACUCUGCGGAUUUGGGAAGCGAGGUGGCAAACGGUUGAACGUCAAUGAAGCCGAGAGACGGAGACUGAAUUGGAGUUGCACAUUCUUCCCUCUGCCCCCGUACGCAGGGUCUUCGCUAAAGGUGGAUGUACAAAAUGUGAAACGGGGAACAUUUGUGGCUUUUGAUGGUUUUAAAGAACCAAGAUUUGUAUUUGGCUCUAGUGACUUAGCAUAGCAAAUGUGACCUGCUCGAUGCUUCUCUAGAUCGCCUCCGGUCUCAUCGAUACUGUAACAAAUCAAAUAUUUCGGGGAUUUACGGCGAUGUCCACUCGGAAGAUUUAUUUAGCCCCCAGACAUCAUGCCGCUGAGUGUUAUUUAAGGGCGAAUAGCAUCCUUUGCAGAAGCCUGUUAAAAAAAGAGUAGUUGAAUCCCAUUUAGUAAGAUUAUAAAUGCAUAUGUUUACAUGCACACUGGGUGAGAAUUUUAUACAAUACAUGCGUGUAAAACAUUGCAGGCUGAACCAACACAGAGAGAGAGAGAGAGAAAUGUAUUCAUUAAUGACGAGUUUGUGCCAAAUGUGAAGCAUGGUAUAAUUUUAACAGAAGUAAUCGGAGGUGCAGAAAGUCACGCAACCAUUGACAAAGCCUUAUGACUGGACAGUUAAGUAUAGGGAAAUUGCAACGCUAUUUAAAUGGAAAAUCAAAAAGAAAUAUUAUAAUCUAAAUAGAGAUCCACUCCUCAUAUGCCCCCGUGAAGCACAUGGGCCUCUGUCUGCGGUGCGGUGGCAUUCAGCGCUAUUUAAGUCGCAGCCCUGCUCUCUUUGCUGGAGAAAAUAAUUGUAAGCACAACCACCGCCUUCCACAAUUCCCCUGCGACAUUCGCCGACACUUUCUGUGCUCUUGAUAAGUAUAGAUAUGAGGUUCUAUACGUGACACAAGCAUCCGGUGCCAUGAUCCCAAAAGGCCUCAGCUGUGUUAAGUAUCACCACACUCAUGGCAUGCUGUUCUUUGCUUUCUUGCACUCAGUCUAGGGUGUGCGUACAGUAUGCUCACAAGCAUCUGCCUGCAUGGGAUUCCAGGGGUCGGAGUACAGAACAACUUAUGACUGCCCUAACAUUGUUUAAGUGUUAUAUGAGACUUGUCGUAAGUCCGAGUUUAUACGUAAGAGAGUGACGACAUUGGGUAUUCAUAAAGCUUUGUGCAACCUCAUGAGCGGUGAGGACCACUUGUACGGUCUAUUGGACUUAAGAGGUGAGGACCACUCGUACGGUCUAUUAGACUUAAGAGGUGAGAACCACUCGUACCGUCUAUUGGACUUAAGAGGUGAGGACCACUCAUACGGUCUAUUGGACUUAAGAGGUGAGGACCACUCGUACCGUCUAUUGGACUUAAGAGGUGAGGACCACUCAUACGGUCUAUUGGACUUAAGAGGUGAGGACCACUCGUACGGUCCAUUGGACUUAAGAGGUGAGGACCACUCGUACGGUCUAUUGGACUGAAGAGGAGUCUUAAGAGAUGAUUCUGUUCUCGUUUCCCAUAUCCACACUCUUCACCCUUAAGUGUCAAACGUCGCUGCAACGCAAUGCCCAGCCCCACGCGUUCUCCCCUACUUAAUGUUGCACAGGUUUGCUGUCAAAGAAAUAUGGGCUUACACGUGCAAUGGUGUCAGGUUCACAUUCCAUUGUUGAAAGCACACUUUCAUUGCAUCGCGAAUACGAAUUAAGUGUCACGAAUGAGAUGUCAGCUUCACUGGUGGCAAAGGGCCAGUUCAACCAAGUGUAACACUGCAUUAUUAUUCAAAGAGGAAUCAGGCUACGCUGUGUCUGCGCUGACACUGCUCCAAUCAAACCCUCCAAUAUUAAAGCCACUGACACAGCACCCAAUAGCAGCAGCAGCAGCAGAGCGCGGUGCCCCGCGGGUGCUUGGCCAGGGUCUGGUGUCACGAGGACAGCACCGGGCAGACGGUGGAGGGUCGACUGCGGUGCCCACCAGGGGCACCACCCACAACAUCACUCACGAUUGUGUAGCGGCGGUCUCGCCCUGGAGUCCAGACUGGAUGCUUAAACACGGACGCGCACACAAUAUCACAGUCUCAGAUUUAGUUUCAAUUCCUUCACCUUCAACCCCUCAGCAACUAACGCGUGAUUACUGAUUGUGCGAUGGAGGAUGCGAUUAAGACGGUCAAGAAUGUUCCGCGGUGUCUUUUGUUUACAUCGCUUUUUGCGUUACGCCUGCACCUCAUUCGUUCGCAGCCAGUCGGAGAGUAGCACAUCGCAUCGCAUGGAAGGUCAUCACUGCACAUGUCAGUACAUCCCACAGAAGGCCGGUGCUGUAGACACUCACAAAUUAGUUUGAAUAGAUGGCAUUUUAUUUGCUUAUGUAUUGUUUCGCCCGAGUAGCCAUCAGACGCAUCGGCCGGCAAGCCAGAUCAUAAUGAUAUCCAUGCCCCCCCCCCCCUCUUUUGAAGUGCGCAAUAUCCUGAUUUCAUAACGUGUUCGUGUUCUAACGCGAUAUUUUGAUUAUUGAGAGCGUAUGGCAGCACUGACUCGGUGGGGACUGAGAGGCGACCACCGUUGCCAUGUGAGUGGAAUGUGGAAUGGGUUGGAAAUGCAAAGCAGCCCGAGAUUGUGAAUGUAAAAGCAGUUCUAACCGUUGGGCAUGCACAGCAGCAUAACCUACCACACGAGUCCACAUCAUCAGAGGACACAAUACAAAUCCAUCGUACAUCUGCAUAAUGUUUACUUAAUACACACGUGCACAAAGUAUACACACACACACAGGUAUCAGUAAACAAUCUAGUAGCAAAAGCAUCUCCUAGGUAUGGAGUUAAACAGUGGAGGAGGGCAGUGCCUGAAAGGUCGUGAACGUUAAUUUAGUUUUACUCCUUUUACACGCACACAGUUUCUCUUACUGUGGUCGUGGUCAUUGGUAACCAUGACAUAAUAAUGGUGUAUAUCUGCGUGUAGAUACACGCGAUAUUAUUAUGUGUGCGGGGUGUAAACGACAUCUCAAUAUGUCCUCAAAAAGGCCAUGUGGCAAAAAAAGUUUUUUUUCCCUGCAUCAGAAACAAAAAAUAUAUACUAUUUUUUAUUCUUAUGACUUAGAAAUGGUAACCCGCAAUCAUUGGGCCUCAGGUACUCCUCAAGCAUUCCUGCGUACACAAAAGCACCACAACAAUGUACCGUGUGAGUGAAAAAGGGUGAUUUGACCGAUACGCACUUAUCCAGCAGUGGAUUGACCAUGGCUGAUGAUGACAAGGGCAGUAAUGUUGCCGUUGUGCUUGCGUAGUCAGGUUCGUGACACGCAUGGCUGUGAAGUUGCAUUCAAGAAAAACGUCAAGUGAAGGUGACGCAUGACAGUUUUGCAGAUGUGAAUAAAACAUUACUCUUGGAGGGACUGUGAAUCUAGAACAGAGCAGGCAAAACACGAACAUCUCCAUUUACACUCACUCACUACAGGAGUACACGAUGCCCAAUGUACUGAAUGAAACGUAUGUACCGUAUGUAUUCAGCCAAACCGAUAUGCCACCUCAUUUAACCAGCGGCGAUUUAUUUUCUUGCAUCUGUCGAGGUAGCCCCGUGCUCAGCGUAGAGGGUCUUCCCUGCGCAUUGUCAUUGUGAACACAAUCACGAAUAAAGAUGCCAAUGGGCUGUCGCCGCAUUCGUGCCAGCUCGCAACUGUGGAGGCAAGCAAGCCCGUUUAGUGUGUAGGUAUGUGCCAGAUUUUAGCUGCACCUCUUGACACAGACUUACAUUGGAGGAUCGUGUAAUUGUUUGUAUUAUUUGCUUGUAAAUACGUGGAAGCUACUUGACGCUGCUGCGAGUGAUAAUUAAUCUCCGUUAUAAUCUACCCGCGCCACACAUUGUAUAAGCACGAUAUUGUUGUGUUGCACACUACCUCAGCGUUAGGGUUAUCGGCGAGCCGCCCGCGUUUGGCUCGGCGUGGUCACACAACAUCCUGGGUUCGGAAUGCAGCGAGGCCCGUGCACGUGGAUGAAUAUGCAGGCGGUCAUUCCGAACUGCGGCUCACCCACGCACACACACGACCAGUUCCGAUGAGAGAUAUUGGAAUUCCCACCCGGGGCUCUCUAGUCUCCAUGUUCAACUUGGCCGUUGUGUGUUCUCCUUGUUCACGUGCAGGUUUAAUCGUAUUUAUGAUAGAGUUCCGAAUAGGAGCAUUCUUAUGCAUUUCAUGAACUGAGCAUGUUAAGGGUGACGGGUAUACAUGGACAGCCAGGAACAUUUCAAAUAGAUAUACUUAAAUAUAUUUAAAACCCUGUUGAGCUCUCUACAGCACAUACAUUACACAUUGUCCUGGUAUGCAUUUAAUGACUAAAUUAAAAUCGGUCAUACACAUAUACACUACUGUGAAGAGUUAAUUACAUAUCAGCUUUUACAAUUAAGUGCAAUGCCUCUCAACUACUAAUUAUAUCAAUACAGUAUGUACUCAACAAAAUGUUCUCUCCCUAGACAUGUAUAUAGUGUACAAGCGUAGGAAGAGAAAGACACUUUUAGUGAAACCAUUACACCCAAAUAUAUAAUUUUAUAAGAACAUCGUGAUGGAGUGCCAAUUAUUGACUCAAUAUUUUCAGAAAAUAUUGUUUCUAUGUCUUUUAAUUUUGGUAAGUGGGGCAGCUGAAUAACCAUGGGCUAUGGCCCCCCUCCCCCUUUAACACCUUUCCAGGCCCCCACCCCCUAGCCUACAUCAACUUAGCCCCCCAUGGCUUCUUGACUGCCACACCCCCAACUUCGAGAUUGGCCCCUAUCCAUCUCAUUGGUUUGUCAACUAAUGAAUGACACAAACUAAAGUCUGUGAUGCCUCUGUCCACUCUGAGAGGGCGUGUCGUCCCUUGGUUUGACGACGCACAUUCACGUCCACACUGCUGAUACAUCCAGAAAGUGCUCGUAUUGGACCCACAGCGGGAGUGUAUCUGUGGGUUUCCCAGGACUCAGUCCUCUCCAUCCCUGUGACUCAAUCUGAUCCUCUCACUCGAAUCCUCUUCCUUCAUGCCCCCCCCCCCCCACACAAGUCGAUUAGACAUCCCUCUUUACAGUCUCCCCCCUUCCUCCCAUAAUCCCGCCUCCUCUCUCAUCGAUCACUUGAACCGUUCCUCAUGAACGCCCCCAUCAGUCACUCGAGACUCUUGCCCACAGUCGCUUUAAUUUUGAUUUCCAUUGCGUCGUCGAUCACAAACAAUCGGACCACUUGCGGGCCCCUCUCCGUGUAGGUGUCCCUGCAGGGUUAAGAGCAUGCGGAGGGCAACCUCAUCCCUUCGGCCGUUGAGUUUUCAUGGUGGUCUUACUACAUUUGAGGAAGUGGCUGUUCAUGACGGUUUGCUGUAUGUGCUGCCUAGUCACGGCGGCGCGACAUUCAUGCGUGUAUUUGCACUGCAGCGGACGGAUUAAGAAAUAUAGUUUUAUUGUAAAGACGUGUUCACGUAGAAUCCAGAAAAGCAUGCAUGACUUUUUUUAAAAAAUGUAUUGCAUCUUGUUAACAUAUGACUGGUAUAAUGAGAUAAUUUAUAGUGUUCUACGAUGGAGGGAAUUAGUCGUAACUCAACAUUUCUUAGCUAACUCAGGCGCUUGGGCACUUUCAAAUGUCUAUUCACCAGGAACACUGCAUGGGUUCAUUCUUUUCCUCGUGCAAAACAAAAUCCGAAUAGGCACCACAAAAUUAAUUAGUAUCUCAAUGUUUAAUAGAAAGCGUUUUCAAAGGGCAACUGCACCCAAUUCGAGAGAGGAUUGAUUAUGACUGGUAACUGAAAGAUUAACCGACAGACAGAUGCCUUGUUAUUUAUAUGUCGCAGUGCUGGAGAUUCAUUCAUUGAGUGUCUUAAAUUAGGUUUAGUAACUGCGCUGGCUUGACAACUUCAUUUUGCAUCCAUUGAUAAUCAUUAUUAAAUGCAAUACUUUAUCCAGCAUCAGUGCCAACUUAAAACACACUGCCUGACAGUUCUGCUUACAGCAGCCCCGUAACUCUGGAGACCGUUGCAUGUUUGGCUGACGUUACCCUGACAGAUGUACUGCCUGCCAUCAUACUGUAGUAUAUAACAUGGCUUUGUAUCUUUCUCCGUGACGUACAUGUGGUUGUUAUGAUGUCGUAAAGCAAAUUUGAUUUGCCAAACAUUUUAAUUGUUUUGCUAAGCCUUCUUACUAGGGACCCUUUUGACACUUCCAUGACCGAUUUGUCUCCAGAGGCCACUGAAUUCCAAGUCAAUCAGUCAAUGUAAUUGAAGGAAUGUGUGAUCUGGCAGCCUGCUAACCCCAGAGACUCCACGAUUCUCUUUCAACAUGAACCGUCCUGUUCACCCACACGUGACAGUAAAAUAAUUGUAUGUCUGUUUAAAGUGCGCACAUUUUUAGUGAGCUUGUUUUGUUACGUUUCCCAUCCUUCCGAGCACACGAGUUUUUCUUUGUGUCACUUCAUUUUACUAUUUGUUGUUGAGCAAGAGAAGGGAAAUGCUGAUGCAGUCUUCCGUGAGUGGUGCUGGCAUCUGGGAUGUUUGACAUGUAUCUAUAACGGUGAAAGGGGGGAGGUGAUGUUGCUGCAUUUAGGAGCAGUCACUGCAAUUUAAUUACGUGUUUUUUAUUUAUAGAAAUUAUAUUUUUACUUGCUUAUUAAACAUGGUAUUCAGAUUACUAAUUUUGGUGAGAGGCGCCUCACAAUAUGUGAGUGCAUCUCAGUUUUAUCAUAGAACCUACUCGGUAUGGCCUUGUGUAAACAGAAAUACAAAGCUUGGAGGCGUUUUAAAUUAGUGAUAUUAUUCUCACUUAUUGCGUAACCAGUGUUAUAUUCGUCAGCAUUUUUUUUAUUUUAAUGACUAAAUUAAAUUUACAAACUAAAACUUGAGUAAAAUCCCACGAUUUUGGCCAACUAGACUAAAACUAAAAUGUUGAUGAACUUAACCCUGAGUGUGGCUCCUAGUUUAGUCAUGGCCUUCUGUAUCAGGCCUCUAGCCCUUGUCACACAACUCAGAAUUCACGGCACAUGCAUUCGAGGAAAAAUGUACCUUGUUUUUGGUGUACAGCUUUAAGCACUCAUAAAACUAUCGUUGAAGUUACGGACAUUGUAUGCACACCGGCACGUGCGCACACAUACUGUAAAGGUCAUAAAACACCAAUAAGUAUUGCAGUCCUUAUUUGGGAGAACCUAAUAGUGUGACAUUUCCUUGCAGGUUAUUGGACUGGGAUUGGUUUUACGUCAAGAUAGGUUUGAGUUUCCAGGGAGAGCAGGCCAUACGUGUAUGUGCUAUGCUCUGUUUUACAUUCACUGUAUGAAAUUGGAUUAUAUAAAAAUCCACGCAGUUAAAGUGGAGCAUGUGCACAUCAUGUAGUGCAUUAUGGAUAUUAAUUUACAAUGAGGCAUGCUGAGAUGGUGAUGGAGAGGGAGCGUUGUGUAUGUUCCUCCUUCAAUAAAAUUGAUCAGCUUUAUUGCAAACGGUCAGCAUCUUCUGGGUUCUUUCGGUAAAGUCACGUAGAAUGGGAAUAAAAUAAUAAAAAUAAUAUUCUGUUAUUAUUAUUUAUAUUGUUUUAUUCCCAUUCUACGUGACUUUACCGAAAGAACCCAGAAGAUGAAUCCCUGCAGUCACGAAAGCUUUAAAUCGAAAUUUAAACGGUCAGCAAUUUACCUUUAAAUAAUGUGCCCAAUUGUAAAUGUAAGUCGACCGUGCAAGGAUGAAAUGAGGACACAAGCAUUUGGGCUCACUUCCAUUUGUUGUGCAAUUAUUGCUGGGCAGUUCAACUUUCACCACAUCUCAAAGUAUUUUUUUUUCCAGCCGCAUGGGCAUUAUUUUUAACAUUAUCGACUCGUUUCCAAAACACUAUUAUGAAAACAAAAACAACCCGAAUAAUCACUAUUCACCCUGUUAUUUAAGGAGAUUGUGCAUGUCAUGUGCAUAUAGUAUGCAACAAUACAAAUAAACGCAACAACAAUAUUCCAUCUCUGAAAAAGAAUUAUGUUACAAAAGGGUCGUGACUGAUACAACCUUGUAAAUUCUCCUUUUUACAGCCGUAAACAGGGUUGUUGGUUAAAAUGAUGUGUGCUAUUUAGAAGCUAGUCCAUAGACAGGAAAAUUAAGCUGUGCUAAUCACGACCACCCAGGGCGUUUAUUCACAAGCCACACAAGCAGGGGACAAGCACUCUGAAGUGUUCCUGGUCUUCCAGAGAGAACUAAAACACCUUCUGUAGCUGGAAUUCAAUUGCUUUUUAAUGCACAUCAUUACUAUGGAACAUUUUGGCAUGUAUCCUGUAUGAAAUGACUGAUUACACAUUCAAUAAUAAAUCGCAUGCUUAUAUUUUCCGUUGCUGUAUUAUACUUACACAUAUUAAAUAUUAAGUAUUGCAUUAUGUAAGAAACAAAUUGUACAUAUCUAUGCAUUCCAUAUUUUGUAUCUUGCUUGUCACACUAUAUCGACCAUUAUUAAUGUUUAUGAGCCCUUAAGGGCUGUAUAAAGAUUAUUUAUGGAGUUUGUUGUAAGUUGAAUUGAUCUAGUUUUGAUAACACGUGAUGCUGUUUUUCACAACAAAUAACGCUCAUGUCCCCCCCCCCCCCCAUUUUACUACGGUUCAUUGAUGCUUUCUGCAACACUGGAGGCAAUACAAAAUUAUAUAUUAAUUUAUAUCAUGGGUAAAUAAUUACUGUAAUCAUGAUAACAUGUGUAAUAUAUGAGAGAAUUGUAUGCAAAAAUCGAUGGCAUAUAAAAUGUUCACAUGCUCUUCAAACUGGAAGAGUUUACUGCCAGGAAAUGGGUUAUGGACAAUCAUAAUCUUGUAGUAAAUAUUUUGGAAAUAUAUAAAUCAAUAUUAUUAAUUUAUCUUUUUAUUUAUAAAGCUGCUAUUUUAUGUAAACAUGUGUAAUAUGUAAUUUUGAAGUAUAAUUUGUAUUUUUUAAAUUAUAAUUUUACGUAGAAGCAUCUAAUAUUACAUACACUAGGGCGUAAACAAGUGUGCUGUGAAUAUCAUGAAUUCUCCACGGCGUCUUAUCGUGAGAAUGGCUAUUUUUUACGUUCACUUCUAACCUGGCACAUGUUGCUGUCCUUGUAGCGUUUGUGUAUGGAGAUGCAACUGACAGGUAUCUUAAACCGAGUACAAUGCCUGACUUGUUGACUGUAACACUAUUUUAAACAAUAAAAAAAUAUAUGAAUUAA